AUGGAGCUGAGGUUGCAGACUCUACAAUUUUCCUCCUUCUCUAAGGCAAGGGACCACAAGCUCAGAGAUCAUAUUGCAUCUGAGAGAAUUUUGUGUUCUCAGUUUUCUGUGAAGUCAAAAGAACCAGGGGAAAAGAUAUCCACAAUAUCAUGUGCACUAGCAGAAACAGCUGCCUCUGUUGCAGUUGCUGCCACUGUUGUGGGUGCAGCAGCUUCCAUUCUUGUAAGGAGAACCAGAGCUUCUGAAGCAACUGAGGUGCGUACUUACACAUGUAGUGAAUGUUGUUUGACACUUGGUUUUGUUGCGAACCACGCAUAA